AGGCGGUCAGCGCGUCGCAGCCGACGCCGAAAUCCUCGGGAGACUGAGCGGGGCAGAGGGGUCAACAAAAACUUGGGUCCUUCGGCUGGGUGGAAAGCGCGUUGGCGAAGAGCAAAACGCCAACUUUCGCUCCAACGCGGCAGCUCCGCGAGGCUGGGGCAAGUCUUCUCCCGAGUCCCACGCCAGAGACGACCCCAACAACACUUCCUCUAAAGCCAGGGAAGAGGACACCGCAAUUCUCCCAACCGGCUACCCGCGAUCACCCCGCGGCGGCAAUGUCGGCCGCCGGCGUCCGAGGCCUGCGGGCCACCUACCACCGGUUCCUCGAUAAAGUGGAGCUGAUGCUGCCUGAGAAAUUGAGGCCUCUGUACAACCACCCGGCAGGUCCCAAAACAGUUUUUUUUUGGGCUCCAAUUAUGAAAUGGGGAUUGGUGUGUGCUGGAUUGGCUGACAUGGCCAGACCUGCAGAAAAACUCAGCACAGCUCAAUCUGCUGUUUUGAUGGCUACAGGGUUUAUUUGGUCAAGAUACUCACUUGUUAUUAUUCCAAAAAACUGGAGUCUGUUUGCUGUUAAUUUUUUUGUGGGGGCAGCGGGAACCUCUCAGCUCUUUCGUAUUUGGAGAUAUAACCAAGAGCUGAAAGCUAAAGCAAACAAAUAAGAGUUCCUGGUCACCUGAACAAUCUAGAUACAGACAUAACCACUGGGACCUAGUUUGAUUUUUUUAUUUGGUUACCAAAAAGGUGAUGUUAACUUUCAGAAGGCAAAAAAAAUUCUAACUGUAAUUGGUAACUAGUGCUUGAUUCAAUUGAAAAAUAAAGCAAUCUUUUAAUAACAAUUUCUUAACAUGAUUUAAGGAACUUAUCUAUGGAUAUUAGUAGCAUUCUUUCUAUCAUUCACCUAUAAUGAAUAACAGAAUCAUACUUGCUCAUCCAUACCUCUGGCCUCCUUCUGUUCUGUAAGCCAAAGUGUAUAUAUAUAUAUGAGAGCACACCCAUUCAAAAGAGUGGAAGGAUAGCUGAAAGGUUGAAUAAUCUGUUGUACAGCAAAGGAUGAUCAAGUAGCUAUAAGUGAAAGGUAAUAGAGCUGAGGAGAGUAAGAAAUGGGUAGUGGAAUAACUAGCAAAAUGACCUCAAAUUCUUUUAAGACAUUUUAACUUGAAGCAUUUGGAAGUAAAAAAAAAAAUUUUUUUUAGCAUUUUGUAUGAAAUUCUUUUAUAGCUACAGAGUGACAAAAGAUUUCUAAAAUUUUGAACUACACUCAGCAACUGACAAUGUAGCAGAGAGAGCUCUAGAGUGAGAUAGCUCUGGAUUUGAGUCUGCAACUUUUAAACUUAUGACUUUGAGCAAGUUAAGAAAAUGCUAAGCAGAGUGCCUGGGACAUAGGCUUUCAAUAGAUGUUAAGUGACCUUCUUCCCCGUCAUGAGGAGAGAGUGGACAUAGAUUACUCACUGGAAAUAAUCCACAAUCUCUCUGAUUUGGGCUUCAAUUCGGUGUACUAAUUAAAAGUGCUAGUAUAGCCACUCAUGGUUAAAACAAUAAUCAGAUGAAUCAGUAAAGCAGGUUGUUUCCAAACUUGGAAAAGCAAAUGAAAAAAGAACUUUUUGAAAGAUAUACUGUGGCUGAUGAAAAUUUGUCAAUUAGCAGUUGAAAAACUUGUAUUUUAUCAUUCAUCCCUUAACCUUAGUCCAUCUUUGAGGGGGAGAGAUAAGAGAAUUUGACAAAGACAAACUGAAGGGGUCCUGAAGAGUCAAAUUAUUAUUGCUUUCUUUUCCUAAAUUACACUGUUAAAUUAG